ACGUGGGCGGCCGAAGAGCAUUGAGCUUCAACUGCUUAAUCCUGCCACCUUCCUGGCCGCACACCAUGGGAGUGACUUGUGUGUCCCAGAUGCCUGUGGCUGAGGGAAAGAAUGUCCAGCAGACCGUUGAGCUCCUCACCCGGAAGUUGGAGAUGCUUGGGGCAGAGAAGCAAGGAACAUUUUGUGUGGACUGUGAGACCUACCACACAGCUGCCUCUACCCUUGGCAGCCAAGGCCAGGCUGGGAAGCUGAUGUAUGUGAUGCACAACUCAGAGUAUCCAUUGAGCUGCUUCGCCCUCUUUGAGAAUGGCCCUUGCCUUAUUGCCGACACCAACUUUGAUGUGCUCAUGGUGAAGUUGAAGGGCUUUUUCCAGAGUGCCAAGGCCAGCAAGAUUGAGACCCGGGGCACCCGGUACCAGUACUGUGACUUUCUGGUGAAAGUGGGCACAGUCACAAUGGGGCCCAGUGCCCGGGGCAUCUCUGUGGAGGUGGAGUAUGGUCCCUGUGUGGUAGCUAAUGACUGUUGGAACUUGCUGCUCGAGUUCCUACAAAGUUUUCUAGGCAGCCACAUACCGGGGGCUCCUGCAGUGUUUGGGAACAGACACGAUGCGGUCUACAGCCCUGCAGAUACCAUGGUCCAGUACAUGGAACUCUUCAAUAAGAUCCGCAAGCAGCAGCAGGUGCCGGUGUCUGGGAUUCGUUAGUGACUGGCAGCUGUGGCUGAGUGCUGUCACCAGGGUACUGCACAGGAGGAGUGAGUGCUGCACUCUCAGGUCCCUGGACCCCAGAAACCCAGGGCAGACAUGGAGGCUUCUCUCCCUCUCCAGUUCCCAGCUGUGGCUUUUGUUCUGGGGCUCUGGACACCCCUUCCCUGACCCUCACACAUAGCCCCCCCAACAGCUGUUUUAUCCCACGCCUUACUGGAUUUGUCCUGUCCUCAAGAAUGUGUAAUUAUGAAGAAUGGAGAAGUUUGGAUCUUUCCUGCUUUAGGGGAAAAGGUAGGACAGGGGUGUCCCUGGCCUAGUGUUGGUGGGGAAAACAGUCUGUAUCCCCAACUAUUGAGGAUUUGGCCUAGGUCCACAGUGGACAUGCUGCAUUUUUGUGUUUGGGCUAUGCUGUAAUAAAAGCCUCUUCCUUUACUCAGAGGAUGUGGCUGGGCCUCUAUCCUGGAGAUGGAGGGGGGGUACAGCUUGUUUGAUGGCUAUCACUUUCUGACCUGUUUGCUAAAGUGAUUUGUGAAUUGACUUUCCUGGGCUGUUGCCUGAGUUUCUUGAGCUCUCCUUCUGACAUUUUUAUAUUCUGUUGUGAAUUAUGUUAAGCCACAAGCUAAACUACUUUAACAGAGAACCGAAAGUACAUUGGCUCUUACUAAAUAGAAGUUUAUUUUUCUCUCAUCUAAUAAUACAGAGGUAAUUGGAUGGUUCAGGGCAGAUUUAACUCUAUAAGGACAUCAGGAACUUGGUUUCCUUCUGUGUUGUUCAGCCACCACCCCCAGGAUGUUGUUUUUACCCACAAGGUCCAAGCAGGCUCUUCUAUGCCUGCAUUCUACUGGGGAAGGAGAGGGAGGAAAAAAAAAGCAGUUUUCUUUUGUAAAGGACAUGACCUGGAGUUGCUCAAAUCACCGUGGCCACACUUUGCUGAAAGGGAUGCUGGGACAUAGAUCUUAUAUGGGCAGUCAUGUGCUCAGUUAAAACUUGGGGUUCUGUGACUAAAAGAUGAAGGAGAUGUGGAUGCUGGGGCCCAGUUUAGUGGCCCCUGCUACAUGGAGUUCAGUGCUCAUGCCCAAGAUGCUCUUGGUUGUUAUUUUUCAGUUAAUACCCCCUGUGUAACCAAGGCAUUUGUUUAUGAGUUGGGUUGGGAUAAAGACUGAUCCCAGAGCCACUUUGAGCUCAGCUGGAUUAGUCACACUAGGCAGUCAGUUCCACACAGUCAGCAUCAAGGCUUCUCAGUUCUCAUGCACCUGGAGCUUAGCGUUAGAACAGUUGACCCUGAUACUUGUACCAUGCUUCAUGGUUUCCUGAGCUCUUUGUCUUUUUCUCAUCUGAGCCUCCAAGGUACUCAUUUGACCUACAUUGCCUGCCUACCCAACCCCUGCUACAGAAGUGUUCAGCUGGGCUAACAUUGAGAUACACGAAGGUGGUCUUAGGAAAACUGGUAAUGUACAUAUUAUAGUAUUGUCAUCAAGGAUACUGUUCCUAGUUGAAGGCAUCUAAAGAGAAAUUGUUUUCAGAUCUAACUGCUUAGAUCUAAAGCCUGUGCAUCAAGAGUCAGGUACUGGUCAUGUUUUCCUUCUAGCUUUGCCUGGCAGGAAGCUCAGUUUGACUUCGUAACUGCAGAACCUGUCAUCUGCAUUUUUCAUUCCUACUUUUCCCCAUUUCUGUUGUUGCUAGUGUUUGUUUAUUUUGUUUUUGCUUUUUAAAAUUAAGGUAUGUUUUAGAUAUCAUUGAUACACAAUAAAAUGCACAGAUCUUAUA